UUUCAAAACAGCCAGGCUGCGGCCUAAAUAAAUACGUGAGUCGCUCCAUUCAUUUAAAGUUACGUCUGCUUGCAAAAUGUGUAAACAAUUUAGUAGUUUUCCGUACAUGAAACCAAAAUGUCACGAUCUCUAUUUUGGAUUGCCCUUUUACUCUUGGUCCUUGUGACUGCUUUUUCUUCCGCUCAGAACUAUUGUGAUCCGGAACUUUGUCCCAGUGGAAGACACGUGGCCUGCCAAUCCAGCGGACGCUUUGUGAGCGGCUGCAGCGGCGAGUUUGUCCAAGUGGAUGCCCACAUCCAGCUGAUCCUCCAGCUGCACAAUGAGCGCCGUAACCUGAUCGCUGGCGGAGGAGUCAGUGGCUUCCCCAGUGCCGUCCAAAUGGCCACAAUGGCUUGGGAUGCGACACUGGCCCAACUGGCCUCCUACAAUGCGCUGCAGUGCCGCAUGGCACACGACGAAUGCCGCAACACGAACACAUAUCGCUAUGCGGGCCAGAAUCUGAGCAUCCUCUUCACCCGGAGCGUGGAUGUGGCGGUCUUUCUGCGCCAGAGAAUCGCCGCCUGGUUCGAUGAGAAUCGGGAUGCGACCAGUGGCGACAUUGAGAGCUACCAGAUGCGUGGAGGACCAGCAAUUGGCCACUUCACCACGAUGGUCAACGAACGUAAUAACCGAGUGGGAUGUGCGAUUGCCCGAUUUACGGACGCCAAUAACGUGCAGGCCACUCUGCUGGUUUGCAACUACGCGGUCACCAAUGUGUUGAAUAACCCGGUUUAUAGGGCGGGUUCUGCCGCCUCGGAAUGUACUACUGGUCGGAACUCCAACUAUCCGAAUCUCUGCUCCCCAAACGAGGUGUACAACUACAAUCAGUGGUCGGGAUAAUGCAAUUGAUGCUAUUUAGCGUGCGAUUUGCAAAAGUAAAUGUGCUGAAUUGUUUAUAUCUAUACUUGUA